UCUUGGCCUGGUUUUGCAAGUAUUUGUGAAGUUGUCUGAUUUUCUGUAUGAGGCUCCGAGUCCCUUAAGGGCGAGGUUGCCAUCUGCCGUGUUCUGGUCCCCGGACGCCUGCACCUUCUUCUGCGACGCCGGCUGCAUCGACCUUGUCGCGUCCAAGCGAGGGGGGGGGCUCCGUGUCCUGCCCGCAGCCCGUCUGCCCUCCCGCUGCGCCAAGAGCCGAUGUCGCUGGGAAAACUGUGACCGAUCGAAUUGUGCAAGGCUCCCCCGCUGCCCCACGCGGGACGAGAGGAAUUAGGAGCGAUUAUGAAGGGAAAGACCAGGGGAGACGCUAAGGAGGAAGAUUCUCAGGGAGCAAAGGGGCAGUUAGCAAGGUGCUGAGUCCGCUCAGCUCAGCGGGGACGGAGACCAGUGGCGCUGGCGGUUGGCGCUGGCGGGUCCGGGAGAGCGCCCGGUGCCCACAGGCUGGGUGCUGAGUGCGGGGCACGCGGGCUAAAGCAAACGGAAGGGGAGAAAGGAGAGCCUGCUGCGGAGAGGAGGGGCCGGUGAGGCAAAGAGCCUCACGAGCUGUGACGGGACGGUGGCCUGUGGCCUCCCCGGGCACCAGGGACCCACCGCGCCUGGGGGUUCGGGGGCCCACCUGUGAGAGGCUUCAUGCCCUUCCUUUGACGGUUAUUUCUGAUCUUUCCCAGAGCGAGCCCGGUUACGAGGUAGCCGGCAGCCCGAGGGGCAUGGGGGAUGCACGCGAAGAGCCGGCGAGCGGGCCGGGCCACCCAGCAGGCCCACCCAGCCCCCUGUGGCCGUGGAUCGUGCCACGUACCCUGCGUCCCGUCUGGGGCGAGCGGCCGAGCACCUCGGGUCCGUGCCGGCUGCCUCGGUGUGCUCCCGAGGGGACCGGGCCGCCUGCCUGGAGAGCUCCCCGGACUCGUCGGCUCCUGCAGCCGCGCUGUGGUGUCUGCACACUUCAGUCGGGAUGUGCAGGACGGAUCACAGUAAAAGCUGGGGCCUUAUGACACGUCCUCGCCGGCUCCCAGGGUCCACUUCCCAGGAGCGAAACGCGUAGGCACCCGCUUCUUUGAGCUCCGUUGCAGCACGGACCUCGAGCCCAGACUCACCAGGAGUGGAGUUAGGGGCAAACGUAGCUCUGACUCCUUUAGGCCACAUCUGACUUCCUUUACUCCUCUGGUUCUCCUGCUUUAUUAGAUUUGCAGCGUAGUGUCAUGCCGCUAUGGCGUGGGUUCCACGUUGUAUGAGAGCCUGGAGCGUCCCGUGCAGUGCCCACGGCUGCAUGGGCUUGGGCUUGGGCAGCAGGAGCAGCAGACGGACUGCAGCAGCCCCUGGUAUUGAGGACAGACGCGCGUCGGAGUCCUUCCCCCAAUGGCAGCAGCACGGCCACUCCCUGGUGUGGGAACCGUGUCCUGGGCCAGGUCUGGAAGCCGCGUGCGGAGACGGCCAACGCGGCGAGGCUCCCCUGGGGAGUCAGCACACACGCGACUGUCAAGUCACAUCCGACGUCUGAACGCGAAGGAAAGCAAUGACUGAAGAGGGUUUCCAGGUUGCAACGCAUGCGUGAGCAGGUGUUUCGAGAACACAAGACUAGAAGUCAUUACGUGGGCGGGUCAGCCCUCGGCGCUGGAACGAGGCCCGGUGCCCCCCGCCGGCAAGCGGUCUGUAGGUUCAUUUGUGGGAAAACGGGUCUAGUUAAAAUACUGCGUCGUGAGUAGUGGUUUCGGCCUGGGGCCAUUUUCACGUCACAGGCUGAUACUGGAAAGGUCCACGGUGUAGGAUGAAGCCGGGAACAGGAAGCCUCAAAUGCGCUGCUGACAAAGGACCCAACCGUCCCCCUGCCGGUCGCUUUCAUCUUGAGUUUGCAUUUGGUGGAGGAGGAAAUAAAAUCAGAGCCUCUCCGUGCCGGGAGUGUUCCGGAAACUGUGUCUGCUUGAGCAGCCCCAACCAGCACCCGCGGUCGGUGUGUUUUCACUACAUUCGGAGUCACAUUCAAGCAUCAUUCCAUCUCAUCUAGAGGGAUUUUCCCUGAGCUAGUUGUUAAAUUCGGAAUCGGCGGGGCUUGUGAGUGAUGCUCGGACGCGGACGCACACGGACCUAAGUGGUCUUGCAUCACGAUGUUGAGUGUGUGACUUAGGGGCUCAGCGCACAGGGCGAGUCGGGGGCAACAUAGGCUCGAGGCGCCUGGACUCAGUCCUGUGUCCCUGUCGCACUCAUGUUCGAAGCAAGAGAUGGUGUCGCCGUGGUUGGGAGCUCCCCCCUACCCCCGGCCGGAGCUGGGCUUCCUGUUGGCGACUCCGCACGUGAGCUCCGGCUGACAGGCGACCUCACGUCAGCUUCGGGUGCAGCUAGACGAUCCAGUGUCUGUACCGAUGGUGACGCGACCACCACGGCAAGGUGCAGGCUUCUGUUUUCUCGUGAUGAGACCUUUGAAGGUCCACUGUGUUGGCCGCUUACAAGUGCGUGAGACGCUGCUGGUGUCGGCAGUGUGCCGUGUGCUCCGCGGGACGGGCUCGCCGUGCGGCUGGGCCGGCCUUGGCUCUCUGCACGUGUCCAAACCGCACCCCGGCGCGUCGCAUGGGGCCAGGAGAAUGAAGGGCGGCGAUGGGUGUGAAGCAUCGGAGUGAGUCUACGCGUCCCUGAUAGCCGACUGGCCCGUGCUGGUGCUGGGCAUGUGCACCCUGCUCAUCGUAGUCUGCGCCUUGGUUGGGGUGUUAGUGCCGGAGCUUCCCGACUUCUCUGAUCCGCUGCUGGGUUUUGAGCCAAGAGGGACUGCGAUAGGCCAGAGACUGGUUACGUGGAAUAACAUGGUGAAAAAUACAGGAUACAAGGCAACAUUGGCAAAUUAUCCGUUUAAGUACGCAGAUGAACAAGCGAAAAGCCAUCGUGAUGAUAGAUGGUCGGAUGACCACUAUGAAAGAGAGAAAAGAGAAGUCGACUGGAACUUCCACAAAGACAGCUUUUUCUGCGAUGUUCCGAGUGACCGGUACUCCAGGGUGGUGUUUGCGUCAGCUGGAGGGGACACGCUGUGGAGCUUACCUGCCAUUAAGUCCAUGUGCAGCGUGGAUAACUCGAGGAUCAGAGCCCACCCGCAGUUCGGCGACCUGUGCCAGAGGACUACGGCAGCAUCCUGCUGCCCCAGCUGGACCCUGGGCAACUACAUCGCCAUCCUGAACAACAGGUCGUCCUGCCAGCAGAUAGUGGAGCGGGAUGUGUCGCACACGCUGAAGCUGCUGCGGGCCUGCGCCAAGCACUACCGCAACGGCACGCUGCAGCCCGACUGCUGGGACGCGGGCACCCGCAGGAAGGGCCAGCUCAAGUGCAGCGGUGUGCCCCGCAAGUGCGUCAAGUACAAUGCCGUGUACCAGAUCCUGCACUUCCUGGUGGACAAGGACUUCCUGGCCCCGAAGGCACCUACCGCGCCCACGCUGAGGUACAGCAUGCUCUUCUCUCCCACGGAGAAGGGGGAGAGCAUGAUGGACAUCUACCUGGACAACUUCGAGAACUGGAACGGCUCCGACGGGGUGACCGCUGUGGCCGGGAUCGAGUUCGGCAUCAAGCACAGCCUGUUCCAGGACUACCUCCUGACGGACACGGCCUACCCGGCCAUCGCGGUGCUGCUGGUGCUGCUGGUCAUGUGCGCCUACACCAGGUCCCUGUUCAUCACCCUGAUGACCAUGUUUGCCGUCAUCAGCUCGCUGAUCGUGUCCUACUUCCUCUACCGCGUGGUGUUCAACUUCGAGUUCUUCCCGUUCAUGAACCUGACGGCGCUGGUCAUCCUGGUCGGCAUCGGUGCAGACGACGCCUUCGUCCUGUGCGACGUGUGGAGCUACGCCAAGUGCGACAGGCCGCACGCGGCGACGGCGGAGACGGUGGGCAUCACCCUGCAGCACGCGGCGCUGUCCAUGUUCGUCACCAGCUUCACCACGGCCGCCGCCUUCUACGCCAACUACGUGAGCAACAUCACCGCCAUCCGGUGCUUCGGGGUGUACGCGGGCACGGCCAUCCUGGUGAACUACGUGCUCAUGGUCACGUGGCUGCCGGCCGUGGUCGUCCUGCAUGAGCGCUACCUCCUCAACCUGUUCAGCUGCUUCCGGAAGCCGCAGCCGCAGGUGUACGAUGGCAAGAGCUGCUGGACGGCCGCCCGCCGGAAGUGCCAUGGGGCGCUGCUCGCCGUGUCCGAAGCCUCUCGCGUCUUUUUCGAGAAGGUGCUGCCGUGCGUUGUCAUCAAGCUCCGCUACCUUUGGCUGCUGUGGUUCCUGGCCCUGAGCGUGGGCGGGGCCUACGUGGUGUGCGUGAACCCCAAGAUGAAGCUGCCCUCGCUUGAGCUGUCCGAGUUCCAGCUGUUCAGGCCCUCGCACCCCUUCGAGCGCUACGACGCCGAGUACAAGAAGCUCUUCAUGUUCGAGCGCGUCCACCGUGGGGAAGAGCUGCACAUGCCCAUCACGGUGGUGUGGGGGGUGUCCCCAGAGGACAACGGCGACCCCCUGAACCCCAAGAGCAAAGGCAAGCUGGUGUUGGACGGCAGCUUUAACAUCGCCAGCCCCGCCUCCCAGCUCUGGAUCCUGCGCUUCUGCCAGAAGCUGAGAAACCAGACCUUCUUCCACCAGACGGACGAGCAGGACUUCACGAGCUGCUUCAUCGAGACGUUCAAGCAGUGGAUGGAGAACCAGGACUGCGACGAGCCCGCGCUCUACCUCUGCUGCCGGCGCUGGAGCUUCCCCUACAAGCAGGAGAUCUUUGAGCUGUGCAUGAAGAGGGCCAUCAUGGAGCUGGAGAGGAGCACCGGCUACCACCUGGACAGCAAGACGCCGGGGCCGAGGUUUGACGUCAACGACACCAUCCGGGCCGUGGUGCUGGAGUUCCAGAGCACCUAUGUCUUCACGCUGGCCUACGAGAGGAUGCACCAGUUCUACCAGGAGGUGGACGCCUGGAUCUCCCGGGAGCUGAGCUCGGCGCCCGAGGGCCUCAGCAACGGCUGGUUCGUCAGCAGCCUGGAGUUCUACGACCUGCAGGACAGCCUCUCUGACGGCACGCUCAUCGCCAUGGGGCUGUCGGUGGCCGUGGCCUUCAGCGUCAUGCUGCUCACCACGUGGAACGUCGUCAUAAGCCUGUACGCCAUCGUCUCCAUCGCCGGGACCAUAUUCGUCACCGUCGGCUCUCUGGUCCUGCUGGGGUGGGAGCUCAACGUGCUGGAGUCGGUCAUCAUCUCGGUGGCCGUCGGCCUGUCCGUCGACUUCGCCGUCCACUAUGGGGUGGCCUACCGGCUGGCCCCAAACACCAACCGGGAGGGGAAGGUGAUCUUCUCCCUGAGCCGCAUGGGAUCCGCCAUUGCCAUGGCCGCCCUGACCACCUUCGUGGCGGGGGCCAUGAUGAUGCCGUCCACGGUUCUGGCCUACACACAGCUCGGCACCUUCAUGAUGCUCAUCAUGGGUGUCAGCUGGGCCUUCGCCACCUUCUUUUUCCAGUGCAUCUGCCGGUGCCUCGGGCCCCAGGGCACCUGCGGCCAGAUUCCCCUCCCCAGGAAGCUCCAGUGUGGCGCCUUCUCCCACAGCUUGUCCGGGACGCCCGGAGACAAGGCACCGAGCGGCUCCCGUGCCGGGAAUGCCUACCACGUGGCUCCCAGGGCCCCGAGGUCCGAGGCGGAGCGGGAGUUCUACGAGCUGGAGCCCCUGGCCUCGCGCGGCUGCGCCGCCCCGGGGAAGGCGGCCUACGAGGAGCCGCACGUGUGCUCCGAGGCCUUCAGUGGCCAGGCAAAGGCCUUGGGGCUGCCCGCGCACGUGGCCUUCAGCCCCAGCGCCAGGGUCGAAGCAGGCCCGGCCUCUCUGCAGCCCUCGCUCGAGCAGCACCCCGCGUGCACCUUCCUCUCCCUGAGGCAGAGGUGUAGCUGCGCCAACGUGUUCCAACACUGGAAACCCGGCCUGCUCGCCUCCCCGCGGCCCGGCUACGGCCUGUGCCCCCGCUGUGCCGCCUACGCCAGCAGCUUGGCGCACGUGCAGCCCGCCGUGCGCCCGGUCCCUGAAGGCCUGGUGUGUGCCGUCCCGUGCGUCCACCACUGCCCCUGCCUGCAGGGCGGAGCCACGCGAGCCGGGCUGCAGCGCCCCGCACCCCCCAGCCUCCCGCUGCCGCCGCGCCUCCAGGGCCGGGAGGAGCUGGGUGCGCAGGCGGGGGACCCCACCUCCGCUGUCCACAGGAGCCCCGGGUUUUCCCGGAGAGCGUGCUGCGAUCCCGACAGGAGCCAGAGGGGACCGUGCGGGGACAGCGCCGUGGGGGGCGUGGGGGGCGGCCUGGGGCCGGGGGCUGCGGCGGAGGAGGCAGCGAGGCACAUGGAGCCGUGCCUGUCACAGGACCCGGAACACCGGAGCCCCAGCGGGCCCAAGUGGUUGCGUAGCCACGUCACGGGGGAUGCCCGGUGCCGCCCCGACACCAGUCACAGCUGCGGCCGAGGGACGUGCGGUUCCGGGGACCCACAGACGCCACACGGCGAGGCCAGCGUGCCCCCAGCGCCGACACACUUGGAACUUGCGGGUGAAAGUUUGUUAAUAAAAACACUUUAAUAAAUACAGUAUCACGUUCAGA